CAGGACAAUGUCCCGGUCCCGGACCGUCUCUGCGUGUCCUCGCCGUCCCUCCCGGCCGUGAAGCGCGCCCCCUGCUGGACCCAUGGCCGAUCCCGGGUCCGGGUCCUGGUCCUGGUCCGGGUCCUCCGACCUCAUCGCCAAACACUACAACUACACGGGGAAGUACCGCGCGGCGGCGGCGGCGGCGGCGGGGGGGCUGAAGGCCGACUCCGUGGUCUUCAUCAUCGCGUGCGGCUUCAUCAUCCUGGAGAACGUGCUCGUGCUCGCGACCAUCUGGCGCACCAAGAAGUUCCACAAGCCCAUGUACUACUUCAUCGGGAACCUGGCGCUGUCCGACCUGCUCGCGGGCGGCGUGUACACCGCCAACAUCCUGCUGUCGGGCGCCAACACCUACCGCCUCACGCCUGCGCAGUGGUUCUUCCGCGAGGGCAGCAUGUUCGUGGCGCUCGCGGCGUCCGUGUUCAGCCUGCUGGCCAUCGCCAUCGAGCGCCACCUCACCAUGCUGCAGAUGAAGCUGCGGCACGGCGGCGGCGCGCCGCGCGUCUUCCUGCUGAUCGGGGGCGUGUGGAUGGUGGCGGCGAUGCUGGGGGGGCUGCCGGGCGCGGGCUGGAACUGCAUCCAGCGGGUCACGCGCUGCUCCACCGUGCUGCCGCUCUACCACAAGACCUACAUCCUGUUCUGCACCACCGUGUUCAGCGUCAUCCUCGCCGCCAUCGUGGUGCUUUACGCGCGCAUCUACGCGCUGGUGCGCACGCGCAGCCGCAAGCUCGUCUUCCGCCAGGUUGCCAACGGGCGCGGCGGCGGCGGCGAGAAGUCUCUGGCGCUGCUGAAGACGGUGAUCAUCGUGCUGAGCUGCUUCAUCGCGUGCUGGGCGCCGCUCUUCGUGCUGCUGCUGCUGGACGCGGCGUGCGAGACGCGGCGCUGCCCGGUGCUGUACCGGGCCGAGUGGUUCCUGGCGCUCGCGGUGCUCAACUCCGCCAUGAACCCGCUCAUCUACACGCUGACCAGCCACGAGAUGCGCCAAGCCUUCUUCAAGACGCUGCUGUGCUGCACCGCGUGCCUGCGUCCCGGCGCCAAGCUCGGGGGGGGGGGCAGCGCCGCCGCCGCCGCGCCCGUCGAGUUCAGCCGCAGCAAGUCGGACACCUCCCCCCCCCCCCACCGGGACGCAGAGGCGUCGCCGCGGGAGACCACCACCACCACAGCGGCGUCCUCAGGGAGCGUCUAAACAGUCUGUAGUCAGACGUAGAGUUAGUGUUUGUACAGGUGAUGUCAUGCAGGUGAUGAUGUCAUGCAGGUGAUGAUGUCAUGCAGGUGAUGAUGUCAUGCAGUGGUAGGUAACCCCCGGUCAGCUGUUUAUGUCCCAGAGGAAUCUCUAAUCUCUGUCCUGGCUACAUGGCGUCUGAAAGGACCGCCUCUCCAACGGCGCCAACACGCCGACUCGGGUCUGUCUCCGUGGGACGGUCUGGCGAGGACGCCUACUCGAGUCAGUCUCCGUGGGACGGUCUGGCGAGGACGCCGACUCGAGUCUGUCUCCGUGGGACGGUCUGGCGAGGAC